UUAUCUCUUUCUAUCAGCAAUUAGUAUAUCAGUGACAUGACCUUGACUGGCAGAUAUAAUCUUGAUAAACAUAGAAAUAGUCUACUAGAAUUAUCAGACCACUAUAUACCAGACACUGCAGCCAGUCUACAACCAAAGCAUUACAUGCAUAUAUAUACACCUAUAUUACAGGUAUUUUGUUUCUCUACAUAUUCUUGGCAGAACAUAGGUAAACUGUGUUAUUUAUACAGACCUUACAACAAAGAACUGAGUAAAACUUCUGGCCUUACAAGACAUGGAACAUUCUGGUUGUUUACUACUGUAUUAUCAGUGUGAAGUUUAAUCAAGUAAAUGAUAUUCGUUUUCUACAUCUUGACAAACAGUACAAAUCAUACGGAAGUAGGGUAGUCUGUACAUACACAAUAUGGCAGAGGCGAAUAAUCAGACUGAGACUAUUUUAGAAGAUGACAAUCAAACAAAUGAGACUGGACAUGAACAAAACCCAAACAAAAGUCGAGUUAACCAUGACCCAAAAGCAGAAAAACCAAUAGUUUACCGGAACUACGGAAGUGUUACAGUCAAACCUCUGCUUCUGACAAACCAUCACUGGUCUACAAAAGACAUAAAGGAAAGGUUGUCCAGUACUGCACAAAGCAGUAAUGUGACUGUAACACAACAUAACUCUAUGUUGGCUCAAGGAAAGUAUGCCUCUGUAGAAGAAAAUGUAUUUAAAAGACAGGACAGCAUAACUAGUCAGCACAGAGAACCACCUGUUGAUUCUACUCCUGAUAAUUGUGAUGUAAAACCACUUGAGGCAGACAGUAACUUAAUAACUAGCAAUUCUGAGAUAAACUAUGAAAUCAGUGGAGAAGAAAACUAGAAAUGUGUCCAUAGGACACGGAUGCCCCCACACACCACUGUUCUGUCAAUCUUAUGACUCUAGGUCAAAUAUUUUUUGGACUACAUGUGCCACAAGUUAAAAACUAAAAAUCAACAAAGGGCCAUAAUUCUGUUAAAUUUGGUCGCAGCAAAAAUUCCUACCUUUACUACCAUCUACACAUUAAGGUUGUUAAUCCCUGGAAGUUUAAGCAAAAUCGGCCAUGCGGUUUAAGAGGAGUUGCAUUCACAAAAUUUCUAUAUAGUAUAUAGUGAAACUAGAAAUGUGUCCAUAGGACACGGAUGCCCCCACACGCCACUUUUCUGUCAAUCUUAUGACUCUAGGUCAAGUAUUUUUUUGGACUACAUGUGCCACAAGUUGAAAACUAAAAAUCAACAAAGGGCCAUAAUUCUGUUAAAUUUGGUCGCAGCAAAAAUUCCUUCCUUUACUACCAUCUACACAUGAAGGUUGUUCAUCCCUGGAAGUUUAAGCAAAAUCUGCCAUCCGGUUUAAGAGGAGUUGCGUUCACAAAAUUUCUGCAUAGUAUAUAGUGAAAAAAUCAACAAAAGGCCAUUAUUCUGUUAAAUUUGGUCGCAGCAAAAAUUCCUUCCUUUACUACCAUCUACACAUUAAGGUUGUUCAUCCCUGGAAGUUUAAGCAAAAUCUGCCAUCCGGUUUAAGAGGAGUUGCGUUCACAAAAUUUCUACAUAGUAUAUAGUGAAAAAAUCAACAAAGGGCCAUAAUUCUGUUAAAUUUG